AGUAAUCACUCGAGAAAUCCCUACUUUGAUUGAAGAAGAAGCUACUAUACUAUAAAAAAAAUGAUCAAGCAUACCAACUUUAGACAACACAACAUGUGCAGUCAUGAUGCAGAAAGCCUGAAGAACUUCUGGGAAAGAAUCAUCCAAGAGCAAACUAAACAACGAGAAAGUGAAGAGUCUAGGUUAAGAAAAAGUGCCCUAAACAAACUCCGUCAGGAGUGGACUCUGAGGCUGGAAGGCCAAGCAAGGCAGGUCCAGGAGCACACAAAAACACAGAAGGAACAGAUGACUCUUCUGUCCAUCGAGACUCUUCCAUCAACAGAUAAAACUGCUGCUUAA